CACAAUUCUGGCCACUAGUGUAGACUUCUAUGUCGUGGCCACAUCUGGAAGUUGCGCAGUAAGAUCAUGCCUCACUAGGUAGGCUAUAUUAAUAUAAUGGAAAUAAAUACAAGGAGUAUUUAUCUCUACAUAGUUAAAUGUGUACGUGUUUACUUGCUACCAUGAAAUGAAACAAAACGAGGAUUCAACCGGCAUCCAGUUGAACAGGCUGUCAUAAGACUUGUGACAUGUGUGUAAGUGAGACAGAUGGGCGGCUUGCUGCCGGACUGGCUGCCGAUAAGGCGGAGAGGAGGGUGUGUUUGCAUCUGCAAGUCCUGCGGCUGUAAGACGGGCAAAGACAGAGCAGGAACUACACAGUAUUAAAGGAAUUAUUCAGAUUUUCUGUGCAAACAACGAAAGUUUGGGGUAUAAAGUCUCCGGACGGCCGGAGUGGAGGAUGGAGGGAUCUCCAGCCAAGUCCUCCAUUCUCAAGGCAGGAAUCUUUGGGGCCCCCUUUCCUAAAGAUCCGCCAGUUCUAAAGCCCAUUGGAACACAAGAGAAACCCACGAUGCCUUCGCCCCCCCCUCCCAAAGCCAAGAACAGGAGCUCUGCCCUCAUUGAGAAACUGCAGGCCAACCUUGUGCUGUCCCCACCGUCGCUGUCGCUUCCAGUCCGAAGUCCCGAAGGCAGAUUGCACCCCAGACCCCCCUCUGCAAACCCCCCCAGCCCGGAGAACACGCCCGGCACCUUUGAGAGGCCUGCAGAGGGCACUGUGCUGCCCAGUUUCAACAAGGGACGCCCCCGGCACUCAAUGAAGCGACGUCCCCCCACCAGGCAGCACAGGAAGUCUUACAUAGAAGAGCAGGACACAGAAAGCGGGGCAUCCUCAUUUCAGCAGAAUAGCGAGGAAGAGGAGCCGCCCAGGGCCCCUUUGGAGAACUCGCUAGAGACUGCUGAGGCCGAUGGCUCUGCAUCUACUGCCAAAGCCGAAAUCGAUGGGGUCAGUCCGGGGGUCCAAGACGAAGGUUCUGUCUGUCCGACAGAAAGCAGAGAGAAGGAAGAGGUCGUCCCAGAUGGCGAUUAUGAGAAGAUUCCGGCAGAGAUCCACUCGGCUAGUACCCAUGAGCCUGAGCUAUGGACAUGCCCAGGAGUAUUACCAGAACAGAUAGAGAACCAGCCAAAAAGCCUUGGAGAUUGAUAUGGAUAAUAGGAGUAUUGUUUGGAGGAAACCAAGUCCUCCCUCACCAGCCUGGCUGUGCUCAUCCUGACCUGCUCACCCCAGGAAAAGCAGAGCAGAAGGGGGACAUUUUGGGCAAUGACUAAUCAUUUGAUUAAUAGUUUAUGUUCCCGCAUCUCAUAUAUAAUAUUUGUUUUAUUUUUAGUGGAUUCCAAAAUGGCACUGAAAGUUUUGAAGAUAAAACUAAUUUAAGGAACCUUCCAACACAUUUCAGGGAAUUCCGUCAGAAAACACUGCUGUUCAGUGUAUCCUGAUUAUUACUGGAGCGAAUCAGUAUUCUGUGUGAUUAAUGUAGGGUUUUAAGUGUUAAAACAAUGAGAGUUGGGCUUUAGGGAUAGAGUUUGAUUUAAAUACAAAAAAAGAGUCAGAUGUCCUGAAGCUCUCAAAAUGGAGACCUAGACCGAAGGUAACUUUCCAAAAAAGCUGAAAAUGUUCUCAAGGAAUGUUUACCAUUGGUUGGACACAAGGGCGUAACUUUGGCUGGAACAUUGGGGGGGUUGAGAUCUCCACCCAUUACAGGGGAAACAUGAUUAUUGCGGGGGUUGUAUUAGCUGGUUUUGGUUUAUUGGAAGGGGCUACAACCCCCCCAUCCCCCCUGUAAUUUACGCCCAUGCUUGGACACAAUAUUUUGAUAAGAUCACAAAGCUACAGCACAGUUGUCCCAGCAGAGAGCAGUAGGUCUCUAUUCUCCCUCCUGUAAGUUAUAUUCUUAAGCCAGGAUACUUGCAUUGUGAACUUCACUUCCCCUACCAAAUGGUACAUGAAAGGGGAGCCCCCUGCUGGACAUUCUUACCAUUUUCAAGGGGGCAAAUAGGUUUCUCUACCAAAUUGACAUCAAUGACAUCAAUGACACCUGUAGGAUUGCUGUCAGUCUCUUACACCGAACACAUUAAACCCCAAUAGAAAAUC